ACGCCAAACAUCAAAACCGUUGCAUUUAUCUCCUUUCUUUUUCGAUCAGGCAUCGAGAGGAAAAUACAGACAUCAUGUCGUGGAGAAAUCAGGGAAUCACCGGUUCCAACAACAUUCCACUCGGCAAGUCUCGCCGCUUCAACGACGACGAUACGAGCGCUAGCUCUGGUGGCGACCGCGAUCUCAAGCGUGGUCGUGAUCCCGAACCUCGAUCCCAAAACGACGGACCCCGACAGAGAAAGAAGCGCAACCGAUGGGGCGACGCAUCUGAGAACAAGGCCGCUGGCUUGAUGGGCUUGCCCACUGCCAUCUUGUCCACCAUGACAAGCGAGCAGCUGGAAGCAUACACCUUGCAUCUUCGUAUCGAGGAAAUCAGCCAAAAGCUUCGUAUUGAUGAUGUCGUGCCUGCCGAUGGCGACAGAUCUCCUUCUCCUGCACCCCAGUACGAUAACCACGGCCGUCGUGUCAACACCCGCGAGUACAGAUAUCGAAAGCGCCUUGAGGACGAACGCCACAAGCUCAUCGAAAAGGCCAUGAAGACGAUCCCCAACUACCAUCCGCCCCAAGACUACCGCCGACCGACCAAGACCCAAGAGAAGGUCUGGGUCCCAGUCAAUGACUACCCAGAGAUUAACUUCAUUGGUUUACUUUUAGGCCCUCGUGGCAACACCCUCAAGAAGAUGGAGUCCGAGUCCGGUGCCAAGAUUGCUAUCCGUGGCAAGGGCUCCGUCAAGGAAGGCAAAGGCCGAUCGGAUGCUGCCCAUUCGAGCAACCAAGAAGAAGACCUCCACUGCCUGGUCAUGGCCGAUACCGAAGAGAAGAUCGAAAAGGCCAAGAAGCUGAUUGCCAACGUCAUUGAAACUGCCGCGUCUAUCCCCGAAGGCCAAAACGAGCUCAAGCGUAACCAGCUGCGAGAACUUGCCGCACUCAACGGUACUCUGCGAGACGAUGAGAACCAGGCCUGCCAGAACUGUGGCAAAAUUGGUCACCGCAAGUAUGACUGCCCUGAGCGUCAGAACUACACAGCCAGCAUCAUCUGCCGUGUCUGUGGUAAUGCAGGCCAUAUGGCUCGUGAUUGUCCCGACAGACAGAGAGGUGCUAGCUGGCGUAAUGACGGCGCUCGUCCUGCUGGCAGAAUCGGCGGUGGUGAUGCCGUUGAUCGUGAAUACGAGCAACUCAUGCAAGACCUUGGCGAGAGCGCCCCUCGCGGUGCCAUCGAGGCUGGCCCUGGUGGCGGUGGCGGCGACGACAAUGCCAGACCAUGGCAGCAACGCCCUGCGCCAACUGGUGGCCCUGCACCAUGGCGCUCAAGACGCGACAACGACGACGGUGGCAAUGGUGGUGGCUCGUCCGCUGCUCCUUGGGCACGCGAUCGCAACGGCCGUGAUCGUGACCGAGACAACCAUCGAGACCGAGAUCGUGGAGGCUACGAUAACAACGGCGGCGACUACUACGGUCAACAGCAGAAUGGUUAUGGAUCGGGUGCCGCACCUCCCUGGGCACAGCAGCAGCAAGCCUAUGGCCAGGCUCCUGGUGCUGGCUACGGUGGCUACCCUCAGGCUGCUUACGGCGCCUAUGGUGCUGCUCCUCCUGCGCCGCCCGGCCUGGACAACGUGAACUCGUUGAUUCAGCAGUAUGCUAACGCCGCUCCUCCUCCCCCCCCUCCCCCUCCUUCUGGAGACGCUCCUCCACCUCCACCUGGAGAUCAGCCUCCCCCUCCACCACCUCCUGGAGCCUAAACAAGCUGUGGUGGAAAAGACAUGACUGUCUUGUGCUUUUUAUGUUUGCUCUGGUGAGGUCUUGAGGGGGUUAGAAAACGGAGUCCUAGGGGAGUGAGCUUUUGAUUGUAAAACAUGAUGGCGAGACAGAGUGUCUCCAGAUAUCAGAUUGCGCUAACAAUAGCCGAUAAUGGCCUGAAAUUUGAAACUAACUGUAAUUGUUGUAAUCGGUUGAACCUUCAGUCAACCUGGUUAACCUAAUAUCAAUCUAUAGUCAAGUACUAUCUAAGCAGAAGAAAUAUGACUUGUACGUUUUAAGACUUGUUUGUGAUCUACUGUCUAUACUCAUCGCCGCAAUCACCAAACUUUUCGAAAAGCGAUGUAGUCUUUGCGCCGUCCUUGCCCAGAGCCAAGUCGUUGAUAGCCUGGAGAUCUUCGCCCUCCAACUUCCAUCCAAAUACACCGAGGUUAUCUGUUCCAUGGGAUGUUACGCCAAGUCUAGUUCCAACCAGAAUGGCACCGACAGCAGGCUGCUGAAGCACCCAUCGAGUAGCCACAUUUGCAAUGGUAACGCCAGCUCCCUGCUUGGCAGCCACUUCGGCGAGCUUUGAUAGAAGAGCCUGGAACUCUUCCCAGGUUCCCCAAGCGUAGAGGGUAUCGAGAUACUUUCGUUGCGAUGGCGUGAGAGGGUUCGAUGCCGAGUAUGUGUCUGGAACUGGUGCUCCAAGCCACUUUUCAGCUAGAAGGCCACC